AUGCCCAAUGGAGAAGAUGUUCGACUUAAAGUCGAUCAUGUUAAGAGCAAAAAAGUUGAAGGAACCUUAUAUAUGAUGAGUGAACGUAUGGCUUGGAUGCCCAAACAUAAAGAUGUAUUUACAUUAUCUUUUGAUUAUUGUGAUAUUAAAUAUCAUCGCAUAUCAUCUGAUGAAAAAUCAAAAAUACGUUUACAAAUUGUUUGCUACAAUGAAAUGAUGACAACAUUCCAUUUUUGUAAUUCAACUGGACUUGAUGCACAAAAGAAAGAUCGUGAUAGUGUGUCCGAUUUACUUAAAAUACUGCUACCAGAAUUUAAAACAAUGAUGGAUCAAGCACUCGAAGUCAAAACUAAGAUUUUAAAUGAAAAUAAAACCGUUUAUCAAUUAUACAAAGAUUUGGUUAUUAGUGGUUUGGUGUCAGCUGAUGAUUUUUGGAGUAAAUAUGUUGAUUUUGAUAAAUUAACCGCAAGUACCAAAAAGCAGAACACCGGAGUAUCCGGUGCAUUUUUGACAAAUAUCCGUCCUGAAUCCGGUGAUAAUGGUGGUAUAAUUUACAAGCUGAAUGCAGACACCAUUAUGUCUAUUUUUCGUACAUAUCCGGCGAUUCGAGAAAAAUAUGAGCAAAAUGUACACACUGGUGGUAUGAACGAAGCCGACUUUUGGCGAACAUUUUUUCAGUCACAUUAUUUUACAAUGGAUCGCAUGCAUUCAUCGCAUCAUCGUGAUCUUUUUGCCGAUUGUGUUAAACAAGAUGAUGAAAAAAUGCACAAUGAAGCAGAACGAGCUAGUCGAACAGCAAUGGCUGUGAUUGCACCAGAAACAAAUGAUACUAGUGAAAUUGGUUAUGGUGUUAAUGAAAGUGCAUCGAACACUACAGGAAAAAAUGAUUUAAAUAAAAAUCUUAUUAAAAGAUUUAAUUUUCAUUCAACUAUGAUUCUUAAAAGUACGCUUGGUGCCGACACAAAUUAUGAAACAUCCUCAGCUAGUCGAAUAGAGCCUGAUGAUGACGAGGAUAUUUCGAAAAAGUUUAAAUCCGGUGACAAUUUAGAAGACUUACGAACUGAACAACAAGAAGAAACGCAAACAUUGAAAUUAGUGAAUCCCGAUAGAUAUCUACGUGCACCAACCAUAGAUCGGUCACAAAAAACAUCUGUACAGCAGAUACCAACAAAUUUCAACAAUCUUAAACAAGAAAUGGCUAACUGGCAUGUCAAUACAGAAUUAACCUUAAAUUCAGGUUUAGCACAUAAAAUUGUAAAAGAUUUAACACCCGGUGGUGCUCUUAUGCACGGGACAACAGCACAAACAUUAUCGCAAAUUGUCCCUCAAAAUAUUCAAGAAGAAAUGCAAACUAUCUAUGUAUCGUUAAGUGAACUUCUUCGCCAUUUUUGGUCAUCGUUUCCACCGAGUUCACCUCUAAUUGAAGAAAAGAUUCAUCGUGUGCAUGAAACAAUUGAACGUUUUCGGGAAACACAAGUUAAUGCGUUUAAAGAAAAAGUAUCAACUGAUCUAUUAACAGAUUUUCAUUUGGCGGGUCAUAUGGAAGAUCUUAUCGAAACAGCUAAUGUAAAAUAUAAUCAAUGGGUUAAAACAUUAUCAUCAACUGGAAGAACUUGA